AUAAGUUGCAUUCACAUGCGGCAAUCGCCUCAUAAAGAAUCUCCAUUUUUUUCUCUUUUAAGAUUUCAUCUCGUCGCUAGGUGUUGAGAGAGAGAGAGAGAAAUGGACGCCCUGGACUCCGUCGUCGAUCCUUUGAGAGACUUUGCCAAGGACAGCGUCCGCCUCGUCAAGCGCUGUCACAAGCCCGAUCGCAAAGAGUUCACGAAGGUGGCCUUCCGUACUGCGAUCGGUUUUGUAGUGAUGGGGUUCGUCGGAUUCUUUGUUAAGCUCAUCUUUAUUCCCAUUAACAACAUCAUUGUUGGCUCCGCUUAGGUUUGUAGACAUUGCUGGCGGAUGUGACCGUUGUGAUUGGUUGCAACUUGUCAUCAAAGAGGAGUGUUAGAAUACAGCUUUUAGCGAACAACCCAACCCCCUUCCUUCCUUUUAAAUGUAUGAGUUGAAAUAGAAACCUUGAAUCUGAAGUCAAUUGGAAUUUCUUUGAGCACUCCGUAAUAGAUUAUGAUUAAUUUUGCCUUUGA